UUGUUUUUUUGUGUAGAUUUUCUCGUGUCCUUUUCGUUGAUGGUUUGUUUAAAUCCGGUUAUUGUGUGGUAAUUAUCUUUGAACAUCUAAGAAAGCUAUGGAUGAAUUAGCAAUGACAAGAUUAUCUGAAGAACGAAAAUCAUGGCGUAAAAAUCAUCCAUAUGGUUUCGAAGCUAAACCAGUUAAAAAUCCGGAUGGAACAUUCAAUUUAUUAAUAUGGGAUUGUUCAAUACCUGGAAAAUCUGGUACACCAUGGGAAAAUGGACAAUUUAAAUUAAAAAUUCAUUUUAAUAAUGGUUAUCCAUUACAACCGCCUGUUUGUCAAUUUGAUCCACCAAUAUUUCAUCCAAAUAUAUGGAAAGAUGGUAAAGUUUGUUUAUCGAUAUUAAAUCCAGAAAAUGGUUGGCGUCCAUCAUUAACCAUAAGAGAAAUAUUAAUCGGUAUUCAAGAUUUAUUAGAUGAUCCAAAUAUUAAUGAUGCAGCAAAUUUAUUUGCAUAUGAAACAUAUGUUAAUGAUAAACAAGCUUAUACACAACAGAUUAUUGAACAAGCAGAAAAAUUUAAAGUUACCUAUUGAUUAACCUCCACUUUUUGUUUUUUUGUUUUGUUUUGUUUAUUGUCUAUAUUUUUGUCCAGAUUCAGUAUUUAUAAUAUUUUUGAAAAUUUUUUUGUAAAAAUUUUUC